AUGUUGUCCUUCCAAGCUCCCGCACCUUCCACUGUUGUUGCAGCAAGAAACACCGAUGACCUACAAGCUCUCCUCUCCAUCAAGGCUCAUUUAUAUCCAUCUGAAUCCUUGUCCUUGUGGGGUGGUGAAAACCAAACCAUGCACUAUUGCAAAUGGCUAGGCGUGAAGUGUGGUAGCCCUCAACACCCUAAGAGAGUCACGGCCCUGGACCUAGACUCUCUUAACUUAGCUGGCAAAAUAUCACCUGAUAUAGGGAACCUUACCUUCCUCCAGAGGCUCAACCUCUCUAGUAACCAAUUGCAGGGAUGUAUCCCCCAAGAGUUUGGCCGCCUGUCCAACCUUCAGUUUCUCAUUUUGAUGGAUAAUGCUUUUGAAGGCGCUAUUCCCACAAGCCUAGCCAAUUGCUCCAAUCUUGUGCUCCUAAGCCUAGAUGGUAACAAGCUAGUAGGGGAGAUCCCGAUGGAGCUUGGAAGUCUUCCUAAGCUUUCUGCCCUCCUCCUCGCUGGAAACAACCUCACGGGGGUCAUCCCUCCCUCCUUGGGGAAUCUCUCACAUCUGGUAGGCAUCGACCUGUGGGAGAACAAUCUAAGUGGACAAAUUCCCUCGAGUCUUGGACGACUUGUCCGCUUAAAAUAUUUCACUGUAACUAGCAAUAGAUUAGCAGGAGAGAUCCCAUCCUCUUUUCUUAACUUAUCUUCUCUUUGUGAAUUCUAUGUUGGAGAUAACAAGUUCUCAGGGGUGCUCCCAUCCAAUAUUGGCAACAUGCUCCCUAGGCUUCAAGUCUUGCAAGCAUUUAGUAACGAGUUUGGAGGGCCCAUCCCUAUUUCACUGCCAAAUGCUUCUAGGCUUGAACAAAUUGUUUUAUGUGACAACAAAUUGAGUGGCCCAGUGCCCAAGAAUAUUGGUAUGUUACGAAAUCUAAUUUCGGUGAGCCUCUGCAACAAUCUAUUGGAAGCCAAGCAAGGCGAGGAUUGGCAAUUUCUGACAUCCUUAGCCAAUUGCAGCAAUCUGAAAACAUUGGAUCUAUCCAACAACAUGCUAGAAGGCAUGCUGCCAAUCUCAAUCGCCAACCUAUCCACUCAACUGACAUGGCUAGGCUUGGGAGGGAAUCGAAUAAAUGGAAAUAUUUCUGCAGAGAUUGGACGUUAUAUCAACUUACACAUGCUUCUCAUGGAUCGGAUGCUUCUCACAGGUAUUACUCAUUCCAUGAUGACAAAGACUGAUGACUUUGAUGUGAUAAGAAGUGUGAUUCCUGCAACUAUUGGGAAGCUUCAGAAACUAGAGAAAUUGUUCUUAAACGAGAACCAAUUCACAGGAGCUCUUCCAUCCUCUCUGGGUGACCUAACUCAGUUGCUGGAACUCCAUUUAGAUCAAAACAGUCUGCAAGGAGGAAUACCCUCAAGUUUCAAAAACCUACAAAAGUUGGAACUAUUGGAUCUCUCACACAACAAGCUUUAUGGCUCCUUACCCAAAGAAAUAGCAGACCUUGCUGCCCUGACACAUUACCUUAACUUGUCACAUAACUCAUUGAUUGGGCCCUUGCCAUCGGAAGUUGGCAGACUGAAGAAUCUUGAAACUUUGGAUGUUUCCGAAAAUAAAUUGUCAGGAGAGAUUCCUGGCGCACUCUCAGAAUGUCAGGUCUUGCAGUACCUCUAUAUGCAAGGCAACUAUUUUCAGGGGGUCAUUCCAACUUCUUUGAGCUCUUCGAAUAGUUUCAUUGUAUUAGAUCUCUCUCGCAAUAACUUGUCCGGGUCCAUUCCGGAAUCUUUUGAGGGCUGCCAGCAUUUGCAGCUUCUGAAUCUCUCCUUCAAUGAUCUCGAUGGUCGAGUACCAAAUGCAGGGAUCUUUCUAAAUGCAAGCUUGGUUUCAGUCAUCGGAAACUCCAACUUAUGUGGAGAAAACCAUGAGUUGGACUUGCACACGUGUCCCAACCAAGAGUUCAGAAAACCACAUGAGUCUCAUGCACUCGGAGUGGUCAUCACGAUUGGAAUUGUGGUACCUCUAGUUGUUGUGUUCUUCUGGGCUAUUAGACCUCGGAAACCAAGGAGCAAGAUAUCUUUGCCUUUGCACCCCUUAGAGGGCAGGUACCAAAGGACCACAUUUGCUGAGCUAGCCAGAGCAACUGAUGGGUUCUCCAUGGCUAAUCUAAUCGGAGAGGGAAGUUUUGGUUGUGUGUACAAGGGAGUGGUGAAUUUUGAGCCAAAAGAGGUAGCUAUUAAAGUACUCCAUCAUCAUCAACGAGAGGCUUUAAAGAUCUUCCAAGCUGAAUGCAAAAUCUUGAGAAGCAUUCGGCAUCGAAAUCUCCUUAAGAUCUUGACUGUCUGCUCUAGCUUCGAUCGCAAUGGUAAUGUUUUCUUGGCAAUUGUUACUGAGUUAUUGCCGAAUGGGAGUUUAGACAACUGGCUGCACCCGAGAGUGGAUGGGGAGGAGGUGUUGCAUAAGUUGACCCUUCUUCAAAGAAUGAACAUAGCAAUCGAUGUGGCUUCGGCUUUGGAAUAUCUCCAUCACUACAGUGGCACACCAAUUGUUCAUUGUGAUUUGAAGCCAAGCAAUAUUCUUCUCGACGAGGAUAUGGUUGCUCAUGUGUGCGACUUUGGACUUGCAAAAUUUCUGAUGACACCAUCCUAUGGGGAUUCUUCUCUGGUGACAAGCCACACAAUUGGAAUAAAAGGAUCCAUUGGAUAUGUUGCUCCAGAGUAUGGCAUGGGCAGCAAAGUCUCUACUCAAGGGGAUGUGUACAGUUAUGGAAUACUUCUGCUGGAGAUGUUAACUGGACUAAGACCCACUGAUGAUAGAUUUAAAGAUGGUCUAGACCUUCAUACUUUUGUAAAGAUGGCAUAUCCCCAACGUGUAAUGGAUAUACUAGACCCGGCUCUACUCUUGCACGAGGAGAAUGGAAUAAAUAUAUCCCAUGGUCGAAGCGCAAUCUUUGCAAGAGAGAAGGCAAAUAAUUGCUUGCUGUCAAUCAUUAAAAUAGGUCUGUGGUGUACUGAGAAAUCACCACAACAACGAAUGAAGUUGGGAGACGUCAUCAAAAUAAUGCAUGCCUCUAGGGAGACACUUCUAGGAGAUCUAUACUAA